CCUCACCCGCCCUCUCUUCUGUUCAAUUCCCCGAUUCCCUGUUCUGCUCGACACUGCGCAGCAUGGCGGAUGACGCGACCUAACCUCCCUCCAUCGUCUCCUCUUCCAUUCUUCUGUUCAUGUCUCGCUCGUGGUGACAGCUUCCUUCUUCUGCUCCCCCCUUUUCCGCCUUCCCCGCCGCCUCACCUCCGUCCACUCUGAUCCUCGCCAUCUCAAUGUCCAAAAGGCGGCUGUUUCGCUGGCCAGCCCGCCGCGGCGCCGGCCUCGGCUGUCUGGCCCUGCUCCUCACCUCAAUGGCCUCCUGGUAUAUGCUCGGGGGGUCCCCCGAGCAGCCCCAGCCUUUGGCCACCCCCAUUCACGAUGAGAUCAUGCUGCAACUGUCGGAAAUCACCCAGACAUACGCCAAUUCGACCAGCGACAUCGGCCUGGUCCUAGCCGCCACGCAAUCCGAGGACCUCACAUGGCUCCUCAACUACUGCCGAGACCACGGAACAAUCCCUUUUGUCUACACCACCGACCUCGUCCCCACGCCGCACCUCCUCGUCCCGCGCACCAUCCGCGGCCGCGAAGCCGCCGCCUACCUCUCCUUUGUCGUUGACUUCUACGACCAACUCCCCAAGUACACCAUCUUCGUCCACUCCAACCUGGACCAGUGGCACAACGACCUCUUCGGCCCGCACACCGGGCCCGCCCUGCGCAAUCUGCGCCUCGAGGCCGUCGACGCCCAGGGCUACGUUAACCUGCGCUGCGAGCACGACCCGGGCUGUCCCACCAGCGUGCACCCGUGGAGCCCGACGCAGAUCGAUAUCGAGAAGGACGACAUCCGCGCCUUCUUCCCCCAGGUGUACCAGACCCUGCUGGGGGUCCCGCCCGAGAAAGUCCCCGAGCAUAUCGGGAACGUGUGUUGCGGGCAGUUCGCCGUCAGUCGGCAGCGCAUUUUGCGCCGGCCGCGCGAGGACUACGAGCGCAUGUUGCGCUGGGCGAACGACACCGAGCUGACGGAUAGUUUUGGCGUCGGCUGGGUGUAUGAGAAGAUCUGGCAUAUUAUCUUUGGCAUGGACGUGAUAUACUGUCCCCGCUACGAGCAAUGCCGCUGCGAUACGUACGGAUGGUGCGGCCCGUUGGCGUCGGGCGAGACACUGCAGGCAGUGCGAGCGCCGAAAUCAUUAUAAUCUAAUGGAUGAUUGUGAAUGCAUGAUGUGUACUACUAUCAUGAUUGGGGAUAUCGGUAGCAUUGGUCUGGUUCGGUUCGGUUUUGGUUAUUUAUGAUAUGAUUGCUC